AGAUCACCUCUGGACGGAGAAAGUCUGGAGUUUUCUCAGAGUGACUGCUCUGUGAUUGGCCCAUUUUGUCUCUUUCUGCUCUGAUUGGUCCAUCCUGCUCCCCUCUGCGCUCUGAUUGGUCCAUCCUGCUCCCCUCUGCGCUCUGAUUGGUCAUCAUGGCGCACCUGUUCCUCGCCAGUAAGAUCUCGAUGCCGGACGACGGAAAAGCCCGGAUGCCCCGCAGCGCCUCGGCUCGGAUCCCCACCUCCUGCUCCAGCGACAAACUGGCCAAUCACGGCAAAGCGCGGCCGGUCCCCAUGGCGACCCGCUCGGCGCCGCACUCCACAGCCGAGAUGCGUCUGUCGGCGGCGACGGGCGGCAGCGAGGCGUCGUGCUGGAGGUGUCUGCUUCCGUUCGGCGCCGUCACGCUGGUGGGCGGGGCCAUGCUCACCGCCGUGGGGUUCUGGGCGGGGCCCGGGACGCACGGCCCCACCCCUGGCCCCGCCCCCCCUCGUAUGGGCCUCCUCGGGCUCGUCCUGCUCGCCGUCGCCGCGCUCAUGCUGGGAACGAGCGCCCUCUGCUGGAGACUGUCACAGCGCAAGAGGAAGAAGAGAAACAAACGGAGGGAAAGUCAAGCGGCGCUCGUCCAACACGCGCACUCAAUAGCAUAA